AUGGCCUUGCUCUGGCUUCUCUCCUGCUUCACCCUCAUCAAGGUCUCCUUUGGCUCUGGGGCCCCUGCCACUGAACCGGAGCUGAGCAUUGUACCCAGGAUCAUCAAUGGGACAGAUGCUCGUCCUGGCUCCUGGCCCUGGCAUGUGGCUCUGGUGACUUCCUCUGGACGCGUCUUCUGUGGGGGCUCCCUGAUCAGCCGGAACUGGGUGAUCACCGCUGCCCACUGCAAUGUCACGACAUCUGUACGAGUUGUGACUGGGCUGUUUGAUAAAAACUUUUCUGAAGAUGACGUUGAGAUCCUGCAGAUUGCCCAGGUUUUUAUACACCCCAAGUUCAACUUGACCAGCGUAUACAGUGACAUCGCCCUACUUAAGAUGGUGACACCAGCUCAUUAUAAGCACACAGUGUCCCCUGUUCUCCUGCCCAGUGCUGAUGACGAGGUCCUUCCUGGAACGUGGUGUACAAUUAUUGGCUGGGGGUACAUCCACCCCAAUGGGAAUGACCGCCCUAAGAAGCUGCAGCAGGCCACCGUGCCUCUCCUCCCCACGGCCACCUGCAAGAAGUUCUGGCCCGCAAUCAGCACCAAUGCCAUGAUCUGUGCUGGCCUCAAAGGUGUCAGCUUCUACCGUGUACGUUAACGCUCU